GGGGUUAGUCAGAGCCAUCCUGUCAGACUUCUCACUUGGCUGACCUGCCCAUCAGACACAUGGAAAUGAUAUGGUCCAGCCAUGUCUCAUACCGCAGUCCAAGGCAGCAUCGGCAGCCACUCAGCUGGGGCCUUCCGCAGCCACAGAAUUUGGAUGUACGAGUUCGAGAAUUUCCAAGGCCGCAAGAUGGAGUUCAACUCUGAGUGUCGUAACCUGGCUGAGAAAGGCUUUGAGCGUUGCGGUUCUAUCAGGGUGGAGUGUGGACCCUGGGUGGGCUAUGAGUUCAUGAACUGCACAGGUGAGAUGUUCAUGCUGGAGAAGGGAGAGUACCCCCGCUGGGACAGCUGGUCCAACAGCUACAGAUGUGAUCGCCUCAUGUCCGUACGCCCCGUCCGCAUGGACAUGCAGGACCACAAGAUCUGCCUGUUUGAGUGCAAUAACUUCGAGGGUCGUAAGAUGGAGGUCUGUGAUGAGGACAUCCCCAGCCUGUGGUGCUACGGCUUCCAGGACAAAGUCGGCAGCAUCCAGGUCGGAGGAGGAACGUGGGUUGGAUACCAGUACCCUGGUUACCGUGGUUACCAGUACCUGUUUGAGUGUGGGCCCUUCAAGCACUGGAACGAGUGGGGCGCCCACCACCCCCAGAUCCAGUCGAUACGCAGAGUGAGGGACAUGCAGACAGACCACCGCGGCUGUUUCGACAUGUCCAUGGCCUCGUAAUAACGGGGAACACUGACAAUGACAGCGUGCGACUGGAUAGAGAGACUGAGACCCUACAGGUGGGAGAGACCCAGAAAGACCUCAAGACUUUUCAACACAUCAAUCAAGGAGCUGUGUGUCCCUCUGUCUUCGAGUGCCCUCUAUCAAGCUUCCCCAGUA